UGGCGGUCGGAGAGGCGGACGGAACUUCAACAGCGGGCUUCCCAUGGCUUUGUUUGGCAGCAUUCGUACGCUUUGGUUCCAGACUGACUACCGGCGUCAUCAAGGAGAGACAACCCUCCGCCAUGUCUGGCCAGUUCCACCACAACGCAGUCGCCCCCUCCCUCCGCCACCCGUUCUCCCGCCAACUGUCCACGUUCUUCCGGCUGUACGUGUACGGCCUGCACGGCUAUUUUACCGAGGUCAUGUUCACCGCUCUCUGGGACCUCAUAGCGAACGCCAACGCUAAACUGGCGGGAUGUUCCAGCGUCUGGUCCCUCUUCAUCUACGCGCUGUCCUGCUGGGUCAUCGAGGUCAUGUACCUCAGGCUAGAAGCCCGUCGGGUCCCCAUGCUUCUCCGUGGCCUUAUCUAUCUCACGUGGAUCUACGUGUGGGAGUUUAGCACAGGGUGGUUCUUGGGGCUCUUCGGAGCCUGUCCCUGGGACUACACGCCUUUGCCGCUAAAUUUGUUCGGCUUGAUUACCUUCGAGUACGCGCCGCUCUGGUACGCGUCCUCGCUGGUGCUGGAGCAAGUGCUCGUGAAGAAUCUGCUGCGGUUGAGGUGGAUGGAUGGGAAUGAAGAGUUCCACAGGGUUUUUCCCGGGAACAAUUUAGUUAACGGUUACGCGUACGACUUUGAUAAGUGUGAUUGACGUGGACGCCCCUGACUACAAAUCGUGAAGUUGGUCUCUUUUUUCUUUUUUCUUUUUUCUAUUCCGUCUCUGGGGUUUCAUCUUGAAGCAUUUAUGAUAAUCGGGAGUGAUGGAUGGAUACCGAGAAACGUUUCUAAUAAGUGCACGAAAAUAUCCAGCGUUCUCCGCGCUUCCGUGCAACGUGUGGGCGACAGGUAUUCAGAACCCGAUAUCUGUGAACAGCAAAAAAAGCUGGGCCUACUUUCGAAGAAUAACCAAUCAAUCAAGUCAUCAUGUCGAGGUACCUCGUUGUAGAAAGGCACUCUUCAUGUGAAAGUCAGUAUUAGCUUCGUGUGCUCAAUAGGGGAAUAAGUAUGAGCAUAAAAGUAUUAUGAAAGCGAGCUGGUGUAAACUUGACGUGGGCAACAUAUCCCUCACUUUCGGGUGAAGACAAGGGGACGAACGAACAAACGUACAACACACGCUUGUUGCCCACGUCAAAUAAGCAUGUCGCCAGGGCACGGUUAUCCUUCAGUGCACAAAUUUACAGGGUGUACAGUCACAUUUUUGCAGCCUCUAUUCACUUGGUCACAACUACAACAUGAAUGUAUCAGUUUAAUGUUCUUCUGUGGUGGCUUUAAAGAGCUAAUGGCUUAAAUGGCUUUAAAUGGCUUUGAAAUGGCUUUGUGGCGGCCCAUGGACGACGACGACGACGACGCGCCUCUGCUGCCGCGCGCUACUGCGCCUGGCAGCCAGUUCUACCGGCACCGUCCUAGCGUGAGGCCACGCACAUCUGCCCGCUGGGACAUUCCAUCAUCGCCGGUCAGGACUCAUGUAGAGGAACGCCACCUCCUCUACAGCUUUAAAUUGACUUAAAAUGGCUAAAAUGGCUUUUAAAGAGCUCGUGGCUUAAAUGGCUUUAAAGAGGCACUACAGUGCGAAACCUUCUCCUCGUGAACUGAAAGAUGACGUUAUCAUUGAGAGCAAUGCAAAAGGAACGAGAUUCGUGCAUUGCAUUGUUCGUGAUUCAUGCGUGAACGAAACCAAUUGGCACCUUCCCUCUCCCACUCCUUCUCGAGAACGACACGACAACGUGGAGCGGCCUAUCAUUGGUCCCCUCAUACGAUUUGCCCAAUCAUGGCGGGAGAUCGUUUGAGGAGACCAAUGACAGGCCGCUCCUUGAAAAGGAAAGGGAGAGUGAAUUUUUGUACUUUAGUGCCUCUCUAAUUCAAUGAGGAAGCAGAAAUAAUUGGGUCGGGUGGACAGGGCUGCGCGAGUUGCGGUUUAUUAAUUAAUAAUCCCCGAAGAGAACUUUCUUUCCAUCGCCGAAACCCAGCGAUACAAAAUAAUAAAUAAAUAAAUGCGAUGAGUACAUUUUAUCCUGGAUGAGCACUUCACCGCACAGAAUUGUAUUGCCGCUGAAGCCCGUACUUAUUCCCCAGAGCGUUACACUUUAGUCGAAGGCAGGAUAUCAAAUACGCCUGUAUCAACCCUAACUCGCAUAAAGCACUUUUCACGGCCCUUGGCACCCAACGACAGGUCGUACCAGUUACCGGAGAAUAGGAAGUUUUAGAGCAAGCGCCCUCCUAUUCAGACUCCGUAUUGCUGUCAUUCGAUCAGAUACCAGCAACGUGAUGUCAGCAACUCCGAGGGAAUCGGGCGAUUGGCUUAUCACGUUUAUCGCGAACGCGGUACAUUUUCUUAAAACUCGCUGAUUCCCCGAUUUUCCCUUUACGUGCACAUGCCUAAAUGUGGACGGCAUAACAUUACUGUCAUUCUAGGCUAUAAUCUUCAAAAUCUUUGUAACAUGAUAAUCACAUCGAUAACCAUACUGUAGAGCCUAUUUCUCAAUCUGCCGCUCUUCCAUAUAGUUUAGCUUCUACUGGAGUGCCAUGAGCUGUGUAUGACAUACCUGCUGGGGUGUUAAUUCGUACACGUCAACUUGUUUUCCCUCACAUUUCCUACUACUAGCAACUAUCGUGCGUUACUUGAAAAAGAAAGCACGGAUUCUGUCUUUCGGAGUUUCUUGGUGCGGGUUACUCCCAGGAAAAUGUAACUUCGUGAAGGCUUUAAAAGGUCUUCAUGUACGCUCAAAAAAAAAAAAAAAAAAACCCUUCCUCCUCAUUAUUAGGGUGUUAUUUUCUCUACAACAGUACAAUAUACAUAUUAUAUAUAUCAUAUAUCCCUGUUGACAUUUUUAUGCAGUUUACACAUUAUUACGCUGCACAACGUUGCUCUUCCCAGAAACCCGAUCGUUGGCGUCUGAGUUCGUACACAUAUUUUCCAGUUUCCUCAAAGCCUUGAUCGGGGACGGAAUUGUUGGUAAGAAGAGUACGUGGAUAGUACUGAUAGUGGACUCUUCAUGAAGCUAGUAUUAUACUCUUGAACUUUGGCCUUCCGAAUAUUGGUAGUCACCAAAUAAAUAUCAGUAGACACAUACUCAAUAGCAGUUCUUAACUGAUCUUCGCAUAUGUCCAACUCCAAUCAAUAAUGCACGAGCAAGACAUGGAUAGUGGUGGAUAUACAGUUUUGCCUCUCACACACGACUGAUUUCAGUCAUUAUUUUUUUUUUUAACAUUUUGCGUUCUUGUAAUGGAACAACCUUCAGUAUUUUUAAUGUAGCCACAAAAGCAGUCCAUGGCAUUCGAUUGUAACUGCGGUAUUUUCUCGUUGUAGUGUAUGCACGUUGAAACUCUUCUAUGCAAAGCGAGUGUGAUUAUGGAAGUUCUUUGCAGUGGAAAAUAUGCUCUAACUUGUCGAACGAGUUCAUUGUUGUGUCCAAUACGGCACACUGAGACUUUCGUACUUUCUCCUACAAACAUAAAGUCGCGAACGUUAUUUUCUAUUUUUACUGUUUUUAAUAUUAUGAUACGGUGGUUUGUUAGCCUCCACGAAAUCAUCAUCAAUGUAAACUCUGUGAGAGCGAUCCCAGGCAGUACUGAA